AUGGCUUCCAAGAUCUCCCUCAAGCUGCUGGUCAACGCCAAGACGAAGACCGUGCUGUUCGCGGAGGCCGGGAAGGAGUUCGUCGACUUCGUCUUCAGCCUCCUGACGCUGCCGAUCGGGGCCGUGGCGAAGCUCGUCUCGGCCGGCACCAUGCACGGCAGCGUGGGCCGCCUGUACCAGAGCGUCGAGCUCAUCGGCACGUCCUACCUGCAGCCCGGCACCGACAAGUCGGACCUCCUCCAGCCCAAGGUGCUGCACCCGGACGCCCGCGAGCUGCUGCUGCUGCAGGGCGGCGGCGCCGACGGCGACGGCGAGCCGGCGCUGGCCAGGUUCAGGCUGUACACCUGCGCCGGGUACUGCGCCACGGCGACCAUGGAGGCGAAGGCCACGUGCCCGCAGUGCAAGCUGGCCAUGUCCACGGAGGUGGCCUUCGUGCUGCCGUUCGCGGCGCCGGCGGCCGCGGGGUCGUCCUCAUCCUCGGACGAGAGCGGCGGGUACGUCAAGGGGGUGGUCACCUACAUGGUGACGGACGGGCUGGAGGUGACGCCCAUGUCGGCCAUCUCCAGCAUCACGAUGAUAAACAAGUUCGCCGGCAAGGACGUCGAGCUCGCCGAGAAGUUCGUCACUGUCGGCACGGCCGAGGGGCUGGCUCUUCUCAAGGCAGCGCUGCGGUCGGACACCGUGCUCUCCGACGUGUUCCUCAGGAAGAAGUGAUGCCCAACUGGGCGACGCACCAAGUCGAUGCUUGGACGAUAUUCUGCUGCUUCAGUUUCCUUGUGUCCUUGGGCUACCAUUCUGCUUAUCGUGUUUUACUACCGUAUCGUGUUUCAGUUUCUGCCUGUGCUUCCUCUAGUUUAAUACUGGUCAUUGUCUGCUCAGAUGGACGAAGGCUUGUUUAAUUGAUCAGACGUUCUGUUAUAUGAAUGCCAUGUUCAGAGUUUGGUUAUCGAAAGCGUAUGUGUUCCAA